UGAUUCGUCAAUUUGUUUCCCGUGAAUCGACACGUGUUUAUUUCGUUAGUCAGAGCAUUUAAACAAAAUAUAUUCUGGCCCGUUUCAAGGUUUUUCGCGAGUGACCUACAAGAAGAAAUCGUGGCCAUUUGGAGCGGAACAGUGUUGCACAACAUAACGAUGAGAGCGGGCGAAAAUCGAACGGUUUGUUUAUGCAAACCGCCAACGACGACGUGAUCGCACGAACCGGAAGAGGACUUGCAAAAUCGAAAUGUUUGUUUGUAAAACGUGAUCGUGAAAAGUCGGUUCUCAAUGUCAGUGCAAUAAAACCGUAAUACAAAACCUGGCCGCAGCAGCUCCCGACAGAAGAGCGCCAUCCGCAAUCAGAGGAGGCACCGCUAGUCGAUUAGUGGCGAACAGUAUUCAGUCGACGAAUUCCUCUGCUUCAGCGCAAAGAAUUGGGACAGCUUUGGGCAAUGCUGGGAACCGCAUGGCAGAGCGACCCAUUACGCAGCACGGUAUCAGUGGUCUAUCAACUUCGUACGGACGGAUCGGAACGGCUAGUGGCAACCGCCAAAUCAAAGAUAAACGCUAUUGGCAAGCCGUCCUGCAAAGUAAAAUUCAGGAAAUAUCACAAGAAACAGAGAAACUAUUGAAGGAGAAGAAAUUUCUUGAUCGUGAAAAGUCCGCACGAAAGCUGUACGAGAAGAAAGUCAAAGAUGCGGCCAAAGAGUUGACCCAGCUCCAGUCAACCCUCACAUCGAUGAACAUAGCUCUGGACAACUGUAGCUCGGGUAUGACACGCCAGCAGCUGCAAAAUGAAACCGUGGCUCUUCGUGAGCGCAAUGAGCAUGUUCAGGAACAGCUUGAAAUUAUAUUCAAGCAACGUCAAGUGAAAGACGCCGAGAACAAAGAAUUGGAGACAGUUGCAGAAAAGGAGAAAAAUAAAAUCAAUGAGAUGAUUUACUCCUUGCCGGAUGCAGAUCAGCAAAAGUACCGCGAAUAUCAGGCACUCUCAGAGAGUCUCAAACAGCAGAAUGCAAUAUUUCACAAUCAGAUAAGCGAUCUGGAGAAACAAAAAGAACGAUUGAACACCAUCAUAAUGAACUCACAGUCUCGAACUGAGGCUCAUCGUUUGAAAACGAAGUUGAAGGAGUUGGUCUCCAAACGCAAUCAGAUGCGUGACGAGGAGAACAAUCGACUCUCGCCUGCACAGGAGCGAGAGAAGCUAAUCAACGAAGUUCGUUCCAAUAAUCGAGCCCUGGCAAGUAUCGGGAAACAGUUGAAGAUUAUCGAGGAUCAACUUAAUGAGAAGAAGGAAAUGUUACAACAAAUUGAUCAAGAUUUGGAGGAAGGUAACUCCGAGCGACACAUCAAAUAUAAGGAAUUGAAGAAACGCGAUGAAGUCAUGUCCGCGUUUAUGGACACGUUCCAGCAAAACCUGGUUGCUGAAAAACAGAACGUGGAAUCGCUCAAGAACCAAAUCACUUAUGCAAUCGAGCAAAUAACUCUGCAGGGUAUCAACAUGAAAACGUUGGGCGCAGAGAAGCUAGAAAGUGCAGGAUUCACCGCUAAAAACGACUUGAGUUCACAUACUGGUUUGAUGAAAGAGUACAAAAAACUUUGCAUUCAACUGAAGCAGCUUCAAAUACUGGAGAAACGAACCGUCGGUCAACUCAAUGGGCUUAGACAGGAGGAAGCCGAAACGCUAAAUAACAUUCAGAAAUACAACAACUUGGAGGCCCCCCGAUCGGAAGCGAUAGUCAAGAUGAACGAACUGUCGAGUGUUUUGCAGGAACUGGAGGAUAAGAAGCGCGUCACAGAAAACGUUGUGGACGAAGCGAGGAAGCGUAAUCAGGAAAUUAAGAUCAACUUGAAAGGUAACGAGACUUAUCGCCAGAUUUCGCAUCUGGAAGAUAAAUUGGUUGAUUUGAUUAAGGAGAAUAAAUCGAUGCAGGAAAUGGUGGAGCAACUUCAGAAGGAGUGUGAUUAUUCUGUUGUACAACAUGACGUGGAACAACUACUGAAUGAACAUAAUGCUUUAUUGUGUAGUGAAUUGAAUAACAAUUCGUCCAACCGUAUGAUGUAAAGCUUAUCAAGUAUAAAAAUAUAGCAAAAGUAGCGUGCACUAAAUAUUCAUCG